UCAUACGAUAAUAUUACAAUCAAGGUCAGCCUAGCCGAUAGCUCUAGAGAACAAAAUGAAGGUCAGCCUUACUAAGCCUUUACUCUCAUUUCUAUCGUUGAUCUUACUGCUCUCAAGCUUCAUCAACGGAGCAAAUGACUCACAAUUCCCCAUCGUCGAAGCCACAAUUGCUGAUAUUCAACUCGCCUUCGCCGACGGGAGGCUGACGUCGAGGCAGUUAGUUGACUUUUACCUCGACCAGAUUGAGAGGCUCAAUCCCCUGCUUCGUAGCGUGCUGGAAAUCAACCCAGACGCGCGGUCUCUAGCCGACGAGGCGGACUGGGAGAGGGAGAGCACCACGUGGCGCGACGGAAAAUCGUUGCUGGGAGAGCUACACGGCGUUCCGGUGCUGCUCAAGGACAGCAUAGCGACUAAGGACGCGCUGAACACGACGAUGGGGUCUUACACGCUACUUGGGUCGGUGUCGCAGAGGGACGCCACCGUCGUGGAAAGGUUGAGAAGGGCUGGGGCUGUGAUUAUGGGGAAGGCUAGUCUCAGUGAGUGGUAUGGGGCUCGUUCUUGGUUGAUUCCGUACGGUUGGUGUGGGAGGGGUGGGCAAGGCGUGAACCCUUACGUUGAGUUAGGGGAUCCGUGUGGAUCAAGCAGUGGAUCAGCUAUAUCAGUUGCAGCAAGCAUGGUGGCAGUGUCACUGGGAACCGAGACUGAUGCUUCCAUAAUCUGCCCAGCUGAUCACAAUUCCGUCGUCGGUAUCAAACCCACCGUUGGUCUCACCAGCCGGGCCGGCGUUGUCCCUGUGUCCCCACGUCAGGACACAAUCGGGCCCAUAUGCAGGACAGUGUCAGAUGCGGUUUAUGUGCUUGAUGCAAUUGUGGGAUAUGAUCCAAGAGAUCAUGAAGCAACAAAUGCUGCAGCAAAAUUCAUUCCUCUAGGUGGUUACAAACAAUUUCUAAAGGAAAAAGGGCUCAAAGGAAAGAGACUUGGAGUUGUAAGGAAUCCAUUUUUGGACAUUUAUAAUGGGUCUUCUGCUAUUUCAACCUUCGAGUGUCACCUUAAGACAUUAAGGCAAGGAGGUGCAACCGUAAUUGAUCAUUUGGAGAUAGAAAAUAUUGAUAUCAUUAAUGACGCUAAUCAGAGCGGCGAAGGAAUUGCUUUAACAACAGAGUUCAAGGUCGAGUUGAAUAAAUAUCUCCACGACUUAGUAAACUCUCCAGUGAAAUCCCUUGCAGAUAUCAUUGCUUUCAACUUAGAGAACCCUGAACUGGAAUUGAUGACGAAAUAUGGACAAGAGCAGUUAAUUGCAGCGGAGAUGACAAAUGGUAUUGGAGAAGAUGUGUUCAAAGCAGUGGACACCAUGAAGAAACUGUCAGAAAAUGGAUUUGAGAAAUUGAUGAAGGAGAAUGAGUUGGAUGCUAUGGUGACACUAGGCUGGGGAGCUUCGACUGUACUGGCUAUUGGAGGUUAUCCUGCAAUUUCAGUCCCGGCUGGGUAUGAAUUAAGCAGUAAAAUGCCAUUUGGGAUAUGUUUUGGUGGAUUGAAAGGUACUGAGCCUAAGUUGAUUGAAAUCGCUUAUGCUUUUGAACAAGCUACCAUGGUUCGAAGGCCACCUCCAAUCGUGCGAAUGGGACCAAUGUAAAUGCAAUGAAGAAGUUUAUAACUUUAUAGUGGUCAAUUUGUUCAAUAUCAAAUGCUUUGCAAUGUUAAAAUAAAAAGAAAAACAAGUAUAGAUCUAACACAAUUAUUAAAUCAUGUAAAGCUUACCUUUUUCAAACACAAUUAAUUAGGACAUAAAAUUGGCCA